UGUAUGUGUCGUCAAUAUCCCAAUUCAAAUAAUGUAUCGCAAAAUAAUUGGUAUUGCUGUAACAUCACCCAUUUGACAAUGAUCUCAUCCUGUCCGAACUAUAGUAAUUGGACAAAUCUGCAUAUAUACAAUAUGACAAUGCCGGAAAUUGAUUUAUCAUCACCCAUAUUUCAAACGUUGCAAUCAUUGGCCAUAACAGAUGGUAAUAUAACGAAAACCACGAAGAAAUUUUCACGUAUGUCCAAGGUAAAAUGUUUGAAUUUAUCCAAUAAUAAUUUGUCGAAUGUAACCAUGAAGGCAUCCGUGUUGCUGAAGUUCUUAAAUCUUUCUAAUAAUAAUUUAACGGAGAUACCGCAAAUAACACCAAAUCAUAAUAUUACACUGGAUAUAAGACAAAAUAAACGCAUGCUGUGCAAUAACUUGAUGGCAACCAUAUUUCGUGGUUCCUUUAAAUUUGUUUCACCGAAUAGCACCUAUUGCCUUUUGGAUUCGGCAUUUAAUUGGUUCAAUUCAACGGAUUAUAUUGCCAUUAGUCAAUUGGAUAUUAUCAGACGGUUUUAUACAGAUUGCCCUGUUAUACCGGGCAAGGGUAAUUGCACCUGUAAUCCAGAGCAUAUGUUAUCAGCAGGCGAUCCCUCCAAAAAUAAAAUCUUUUGCCGUGUAGACUGCUCGAAUUUGGGUUUAACCGAAUUGCCACCAAAAUUGCCAGAGAACACAUUUCAAUUGAAUAUUACCAAUAAUAAUAUUACCGUCAUUGGCGAUCAUUUCCACAAUAAUCCCACCUAUCAAAGUAUUGUGAAGUUAUUUGCCGAUAAUAAUCGCAUUGAGUCCAUGCACGACUUGGAGGGUACACAAUUUAUGGAUCACUUUCAAAAAUUAUAUCUACGAAAUAAUCAACUAAAAAGGCUUCCAGAAUAUCUGCUAACAAAUGUAUUGGACAGCAAUGUGGGACGUGUUAUAUUUUUGGGUGGCAAUAAAUUAAUGUGUGAUUGUAAUUCUGCCAAAGUUCUGAAGCUCUGGCUAUUGAAACGAAGUCGUGAUAUACCCGAUUACAAUGAAAUCUUAUGCCGUAAUAUGCCACAACGCAUUAUGGAAUUACAGGAAUUAAAAGUGUGUCAAUCGCCACACGAUUGGACUGAUUAUGUUUAUUAUUUAAUUGCCACAGAAGUUAUACUAUUGGUGGCGUUGAUUACAAAAGUUUCCUAUGAUUAUUGGGUGUUCAAAACAGCUGGAUAUUUGCCAUGGCCAGCAAGUAAAAUGCCAAAAUUACCGUGUGAUUGGCUUUGUGAGUCAUAAUUAGAAAUUAUU